AUGCAGAAAUUUAUGAAUUUAUAAGAAAAUAAGUUAAUUAAUUGCAUUAAUUAGGUGAAAAAUAUUGCUUUAAAUAAUAUUUCCUAACAUUUAAAAUAAAUAAAAUAAAAUCUACGAAAACAGAAGUGUUUAAACAAUGGGUUUGUGCAAAUGUCCCAAACGUCAAGUGACGAAUCAAUUUUGUUUUGAACAUCGCGUAAAUGUUUGUGAACACUGUAUGGUACAAAGCCACCCAAAGUGCAUAGUACAAUCAUAUUUGCAAUGGCUUAGAGAUAGUGACUACGUAUCAAAUUGUACAUUGUGUUCAACUGGUUUGGAAGAAGGAGAAUGUGUGCGUUUAGUGUGUUAUCAUGUUUUCCACUGGGAUUGUUUAAAUGCUAGACAAUCGGCGUUGCCUACAAACACUGCUCCCCGCGGGCAUCAAUGUCCUGUGUGUGAAACUGAAAUAUUCCCCACAUCAAAUUUGGUCUCUCCGGUAGCAGAUGCUUUAAAGCAACAAUUGGUACAGGCUAAUUGGGGUCGCAAUGGAUUGGGAUUAGCAUUGUUGAAUGAAGAGUCAGCACCGAAUCAAAAAAAUGUUUCCAACAACUUUUCUUCAAAAACAAUACAAUCAUCACCUGCCGCAGUGGCUACGAGUAGUAUGACUAAGAUACAUCAUAGCAAUAGCAGCAAUAUUAACCAAAAUAAUACUUUGGAACGUUCUAAGACGAAUGGUGGGUUUCCAAACACCACCAUGAAACAAGAUAGUCCACAUUCCGUUUUACUUAUGGAUGCAUUUAAUCCACCCUCAAACGCUGAUAUUCAUGCUAGCAGUCGUCGACCCUUGUUACCCCGCCAAUCUCCAAUUGGUGGUGCAGAUCGUGAUGAAAAUAAGUAUGCUAGACGUACACCAGCAGAAAUAUUUUCGCGUUGGUCUAGGCGUUUUUAUGCACCCUCCUCUAGGCCACCUUGGAGACGUACUUGGUUUUUGGUUCUUAGCGGUAUUUUGGCAUUUGUUGUACUCAUUUAUUUGAUGGCUGCUUUUGGUCGCGGUGGUUCUCAGGAUUCCGUAGACGAUGCAUGGAAUAAUCCCAAUCCUAAGCCUAAGCAUUAUGAGUAAUAAAUUGCAUGUUUCACAUGAAAAAUAAGUUAAAAUUUAAUAAGAAUUAAUGUCUUUUUGUUCUCCCUUCCCCUUUAAUUGCAUCAUAUUUAAUUUUUGUUUUCGAAGUUUGAUAUUUAACAUUUUGUACGUUUUUGGCUAAAAAUUAAUUAAUUUUUUAAACUUUCAAAACUAAAGCUGAAUUUUUGUUAAAUUGACCAACUUGUAGGCACUGAACUUGAGUUUUGUUCUAAAUUUAUUGCAAUUAAAUGCUCGUUAAUGUAUGUGCUAUUGAUUAAGUAGUUAUAGAUAAUUUUCAAAUUUGUAUUUGAAUUAAUUAUACAAUUGCCCAAUUCACAAUUGAUGUCGUAGUGUUGUAGCAUUGUAUGUCAUAAAUAUUUUUCAAACAAAUUUUUCGAAACAAAAACAAAACAUUACUAAAAAAAAAUUAGGACAUACAACUCUACGACACCAAUUGUGAAUUGGGAAAAUAUGUUUAUACUAAUAUCCGUAAUCUGAACAUUAUGACAAUGAUAACAUUUUUUAAUACAAAUUUUUAUAUAUAAAUUUUCUAUUUUGUUAAAAUUGCUUUAUUGUAAUAAAGUUUAGAAUACGGAGGUAAA